UAAUAAUGAUGGUCAGUCGGCUGGUGCAAUAGGAUGCGGCGACUGUAGGGCAGUGGGCAGGGCUUCUCCCGUGGACCAAUCAGCUUCGCGGUCUGUCCUCUUCCUCCCGUAACCUUGGCGCUGCGUGCCGGUCGGUGUGGAUGUUCCGGCACCAUGCAAGCUGCUUUUGAGAUAACCGCACGCUACUGUUCAAAAGAAAUGGAGGCAUAUGGGGAAUGUGUCACAUUGAAUCCAUCUUCGUGGCAGAGGGACUGUCAUCAGCUGAAAACCACAGUUGCACAGUGCACAUCAUCACACCCAGUUAUUCAAAAGAUCCGUGCAGAAUGUGCCGAGCCCUUCUUGACUUUUGAGCAGUGUUUGAAGCAGAACCAGUCAUCGGUUAUGAAUUGCACAGAUCAUGUCAGCAAGUUCCUGGCCUGUGCAGAGAAAGUCAAAGUGCAAACCUCAGGUGAAACUAUGCAAUAGGUUUUUAAAUCACUGGGUGGGCUUGACUCAGUCACAAAUCCCACACUAAAGGAGCUGCCUUCAUCACAAAUCUAUCAUAGGAGGAAGAUAUGUGACCUGGAGAGGCCUGAGGAUCAACUAUCAGUAUGGGAAAUACAGCAAAAUGAAACAUCUGCAUUGAUGAAGAAGAAAUUAAGAUCGUAUUUUUAAAGGGAAAAAUUAAACCGAUAUAAAUUAUUAAAAAGAAAUUGAAUGGCAUUGAAAAUCCAGAAUGUUCUGGGGAGAUAAUCGUGCAUUUUCUGGUGUUUUAGUGCCUUAGAAAAGACUGGCGUAAAAGGUGCUUUCCUGUUGCUGGAAAUUGAUAGUUAUGGAUGGCAUUUAAAGCUUGUGAUGCCAUUAAUUGUUGGUAUAUUUAGUCACAGAAUACUUUUGAUGAUUCUGCCUUGAAGGGUGGUGACUGAGAGAUGAGGGUGGGGGAACAGUAUUCACAACGGCACAAUUUAGAGAACUACUUUGAGUCUGAAUUUGAAAGGGUAAAAUUAGUUAAACAUGUAUGGUGGCAACAAGCUCUUGCUUUAGGAAUUGCUGGACAAUAAUGGAGCUAUUUCCAUCCAGUUUCCAGUCUAGCAAUCUGACACAUUCUUUGCCUUUCUCGGUGGUACCGUGACAGUAAUAAUGGGAAAGUCGUACACCUUCCAUCGGACAUAGCAGCACAUGGAAUACACGAGGAUUUCCAUCCCUUCAUCAGCUGAUUAUGUGUUUUUAGACAUGCAGGACUUCAACAAUUUUUUUUAUAAAUCUAUGGCAGUACAUAAUCCCAGAACUGACCCUGUGACCCCAUAACAGUGAAUCAAAAACUGGUGAUGCAUCAGCCAGAGCACCUUGUGCUGCGUUGCAUGGAAUCUCUUUCUGGUUGAACAUUCUCAAUGGGCCAAAUGGCCUAAUUCUGCUUAUGGUCUAUUUCUUAGUCUAUAGUUUGUCAAAAAUUGAAGUUUCACAGAGAUGUGAUGUAACUUCCUUUUUUUUCUUGCAAAUCUCCUGGACAGAUUCAUUGUGGGGGGGGGGGGGGCGUGGAAAGUCACCUUAACUGGGAAAAGCA